AAUUAAAAUGUGUGCGUUAUCGUUAUAGUGAUUUGAGUUUUACAGCUUCAUGGAUAUGUUAAGCAAUUUUUCCUGUGUGCAUCGAUUAUGCAUGUUACGAUAAUUUGCAGCAAUUUGCAGUAAUAGAAUAAAUAGUAUCAUGUAAAUUUGAUAUCAUUGACAAAAAUCAAUUUGACAACCUAUAUAAAUGUUAACCUAACCUGAAUCGAUCUUUAUGCGAAAAAUGCAGGGAAAGGUUAUUAAAGCACGAACAAAGUUACGAUAGAAUUUUCGUAAUGUCAACUGGAAAUAUGCAAUUUUCAGUUUUCAGCGAAUAAAGACCCUGAUCUCACGGUUAGGAACAAAGGUGUUCAUGUAUUGUUCAGGUUCAGCAAUGUUCAAGGACUUUCGGUAAUCGUCCACUACGUGAAUAUGAAAUCGAUUAAAAAAUAAAUCGAAAAUUUAAGCAACAAAUAAGUAUACUAGCCUGUCAAUUUUCCAGCUUGUUGGAAAAUUAAUUAAAGUUAGUAAUGAAACGACCACCGGAAAUACACUGGAAUUUCCGGCGUUGUCUGUUGGAUCUGUCGUUGUGAUUGGAGAGAUGAAUUGCGUCUGAGUAGAAAGAACGAAUAGCGUCGUGUUAAUAGAGGCUUAGAGGGAAUCGGAAACUGUUGCUGACUCUCUUUCUUUCGGUCGUAAGCCGGCACCGGUUCACCAUAAGAACCGACUGUGACGCGUGCCAACUGUUCCGAAAUUAUUCUGGUGCGCAGUACACCGUUGCAUUUACUGAUCUCAUCGGUUCGACCAGCCUACCUUGUAUCUUCUGACGUGCUUUUAACGCGGUAAGCUCUAAACAGUACGCGAUGGCGGCGGUUGACUGUUACCAGAAUCAAGCCCAGACCGAGGGUACCGGCCAACAGACACAACAGCAGUCUCAACAGCAACAGCAACAACAAUCACAGUCACAGCAACAACAACCCCAGCAACAACAAGCCACUGCCGGAAUUCCAGGGAAAGAUGACGAACGCAAACUUUUCGUCGGUGGCCUAUCGCGUAAUACCACCGACAAAGAAUUACGGGAUCAUUUUAGUAAAUUCGGAGAGAUAGAAAGCAUCUCCGUUAAAAUCGACCCCUACACCGGUGUUUCACGAGGUUUUGCGUUUAUGGUAUUCGCCAAUCCCAAGACGAUCGACAAACUUCUGGCUUCUGGCGAGCAUUACAUCAAUAAGAGAAAGGUGGAUCCCAAACGGGUGAGUAAAAAGCCCCAACAUGGUAAAAUCUUUGUGGGUGGCCUUACUCCUGAAAUUACCGAUGAAGAUAUCAAAACAUAUUUUGGACAAUAUGGUACAAUUGUCGAAUUACAAGCACCAUUCGAUAAGGUAAAAAAUCAGAGAAAAGGAUUUUGUUUCAUAACAUUUGACUCGAAAGAAGUAGUGUACAAAUUACUUAAAACACCUAAACAAACGAUAAAUGGUAAAGAAGUGGAUGUCAAGAAAGUGAAAGUUAAUCCAGACCCAAGGAAUCAAGGAUUUUGGGGCCCAGGCUAUGGUUAUGGAUAUGGCGGAGGCUAUGGUUACAUUCCUGAAUACUGCAAUGGCUAUCAAGGAGGAUAUGACGAUAUGUAUGCAAACUAUGAUUACGCUGGUUAUGAUGGGUAUGACAACAUGGGAUAUGGGGUUCAAGGUAAGCCAAGAGGAAAUGGUCAGGGACCACGUCAAUUUCAGAGACAUCAGCCGUACUAAAAAUGGAUUUAUAAAUCCUACAUACUCAAAAUUUGGUGAUAAAGCAAGAAUAUAGUAAGGAGUAGACCAACUUUGUCUGAAUGCAGGCUAAGACUGAGAUAGGGAAAUUUGGGAUAAAAGAGCUUGUAAGUAGAGUCAUUGGGAAACUCUUAUAGAAGCACCAAAUUCCCUGAUCUUUGUACAUUGGGUCUGUAAAAUACUAGAUAGCUCUAUGUACAUUUACUAAAAGAGAGGAAAUGAAUUUUCAAUUGAUUUACGAUUGGUAUAAUUUAACGAGUCAAAAGAAUCAUGUCUUUUUCUAUCUAUGCACAUUUUAUCACCUAUUAUAUAAACAAGCUAUUCAUGAAACUAUUAAAAUAGAUGUCCAAAUAUUUUUAUUAAAACCGAAUACUUUAUAUAUGAAGCUGUUUCUCUUACAUAGGAACCAUACAUAAGCUAAAAAUUGAAACGAUUGAUUUACUCCUAUUUUCUUGUUAUUCAUGAUUCAUAAUACUAACAUGUAUAUCUUAUAAUUUAAUACUCUAAUUAUUCUUUAGCAUCUUAAGUUGCAUUACUAAAGUAUUGUUUAUUAUAUGCUUGGUGUUAAUCUUAUUAUUAGAGAACACAAUGCUGUGUUGUUCACGAUAGGACUUUAUGUUGAUAAACAGUUUCAGUUCAGAAAGCAUGUGUCAGUUAGAGGUAAUUGAUAGAAGUAAAACAAAAUACCAUUCAUGGACCAAUGGUUCGUACUCCUAAUUAAAUGUACUUCUUCCUCAUAAAUUUAUAACCUAUACGUAUUAUCUAGUAUCAUCCAUAAUUGUUUGUACACUAAAGUAAGUUCUGUAACUUAUACGAAUCAUAAGGUAUUGUAAGAAACAUACGUAUCCUCGUAUGUUAAUAUGUAUAUACGUGUACACAUACAUACGUUGUACACGUGUGCGAAUUAGCAUAUAAUGCAGUAGGAAUUAAGAAAAAGAUAAAAAUAUUUCAAAAUGAAUAUAAUUAAAAUAUGAACGUCCUGGGUAGAUACGCGAAGAGUGCGCGAGUGGUAGAAGAUGGUUACAAAAUAUUCUAAAACAAUAUUUGAAAUCACAUCAGAAGAGCAAUAAAUAUACCGUACUGUACACAGAAUUUUAUAAUGAGUUAUUUAGUAUCUUUCUUUCUUUUUUCCCUGUUUUCUUUUUGUUUUUGUUGAUAUUUUAAUGAUAUUUUAAUUGUCAUGAGAACUACAGCUCCAGAAGUACCUUUAAUACAAUUAAUGAUUUCUGAAUGUUGCUACACUCGUGUACUCCUAUGUCUCAUAAAACUCAAGUAUAAAUAUAACAAAACUGAUCAUGGCUUGUUAUAUGAAAAAUGUUUUGAAGACCCUGAAUCAACAGAAUGUUUAAGGCAUUGAAACUAGCAGAAACAUAACUUUUGUAUAAUUUAGGCUACUAUGACAUUUUUUGCAUUUGCAUCAAACAGUUGUUCCUGUCUGGUGUACAAAGACUGCUCUUCAUAUCGCAAGAAGACUGUUAAUGUGUAAAGUAUCAUUUGAAAUGAUACAAAUACUAGAGAAUUUGACAGCCAAUACAUCUUGUGAUUUUCUGGACUAAAAAAAAUGUUUAAAGAUGACAAAAUAAAUACAUAUAGCAAAUGUAAAUAUGGCAUUGUGAGGAUUACAUUUAGGUACAUCGAAAUUAUAUUACACACAAGGCUGAUAAGGCUUUAAACAUUCAAGUUUUUCUCAGAUGUUACAAAAGUAACGACAGUUUGGCUUAAAUAAAUUUCAUAAUACACAUAUACACGGAAAAUAAACCGUUUUCUAAAAAAAAAAAAAAGAAAAGAAAAUAUUUUAAGCCAAGCUAAUUGUGCUUUUGGAAAGUGAAUCUGUAUACUAUGUAUACCAUAUUUGCUGCGUGUGGAAAAAAUAUAUAUAUAUAUAAAAAAGAGAUCAGAUUGUGAAAUUAAAGCAAAUAACACAAAUAUUUUGUUACUAUUGAUUACUAUUCGCCUGUUUCACCCAUGACACAGUGUAUAUUUUAAUUAUAACAAAAAAUAAAAUAUUCAUUACUUGAAAAGUA